CAUUUUGAACCGAGUGAAUACGAUAUUCGUGCCAACAAUAAAAAGCCAAGAUCCGUUUCUCGUGAAAUCCUCUCUCCAUUUGAAAGCCAUUUCUCCGCAAAAAGCAUAGUUCGGCGUCCGAGAUGCAGCAUCCCGAGACCGUCAUUGACGCGAGCGACGUAAUGUCGCAUCGCCAGAGAUCCGUCAAGUUAAGCCAGUCGGGAUCAUAAAAAGAAAGUACACUUCCGUGCGAUCGUUGAACACGUCGUGAAAAGACAUUGUGCAAGCAGUAUUUUAUUCCGUGGAGCGGCUUACGUCCUUCGCGACAACCGCGCUAUCAAGACGACAAGGUUAGACCGGAGCUCAGGUUAAGUUAGGUCGAUUAUGCACAAAAAAACGGCAAUGGCGCUGCGGAUUUUCGUGGUACCUGAAUAAUUAAAAUCAAUGUAGUACAUGGGGCACGCGGUUUUUAUUUCGUGAACGUGCAUUUUAUCGUUUGUGCUGUCGUGUCCAAGUAUUUUUUUAAGUCAGAGAGACGCAUCAUGUCAACCGGGCUGGCAGUGCUAAAUAACAACCAACAAUCGAGUCAGACAAAAUGCGAUGCACCUAUGGUCCCUGCUAAUGGUAAUACGCUAGUGGAGAACUCGCAGAGUGCAAGUACAACAUUGAUGGGGCAAGGAAAUACACUGAGAUCCGCUCUUAAGAGAGCAACAGAUAUAGAUACAGAAGAUAUUGGUAGCGCAAAGAAGCGUCAUAAAAAUCCACAACCAAAAAACGCAGUAUGUGCACUGAACGAGUUGAAAACUGGAGCUACGUACAAAGUGGUAGGGCAGACCGGGCCUACGCACGCCCCGAUUUUCACGAUCGCGGUUCAAAUCGAUGGACAGUCGUACGAGGGAAAAGGGCGUACCAAGAAAAUGGCUAAGCACGCGGCUGCUGAACUGGCUUUACGCAACAUCAUUCAAUUUCGAAAUACUCCCGAGGUUCAUCAAGCUAUCAAUACUUGCCAGCCGGUUGUGCCUCUCGAGCCGGAUUUCACUAGCGACGUGACGGAACGUGAUAACCACCUUGUCAAUGCAUUCAAAACGCUAACGCAAGAGCCAAAGAAUACGAACAAAUUCUUGGACAAGGGUCCAGUGGCGUUGAUCAACGAACUCUAUCCGGGCGUUGUGUACAACUGCAUAUCCGACAACGGAGAGAGUUACGCGAAGUUCACGAUAUCGGUAACCAUCGAUGGAGAGACGUUCGAGGGUACGGGCCCGAGUAAGAAAUUGGCAAAAGCAGCGGCGAGUAAGGCUGCUUUAGCGAAAUUGCGAAAUGUCCAUAGUACCUCGUUUUGUAUACCGCUGCCCGUUCGCAUCCUGCCUAACUUUUCCAAUUCUGCGCAUUGGCAAGAGCAAAUGACCCUACCACAAAUGUUGGCCGACAAAAUCGGCAAGAUGGUCAAUCAGAAGUUCAGCGAACUGAUUCAGAGCAAGCCGCAACACGCACGACGCAAGGUUCUAGCCGGUAUUGUACAAACGAGGGGACAGGACGCGGAACUGAUAUGCGUCACCACUGGUACGAAGUGCGUUUCGGGCGAGCAUCUGAGCGUUAGCGGCGGCGCCGUGAACGACUGUCACGCGGAGGUGGUGGCGCGACGAUGUCUCUGCGAAUAUUUGUAUAAGCAACUGGAGCUGCACACCGAGGACAAGAGCACGGAGUCCAUCCUGGAGUCCGCGAAGAAGGGAUUUAAAUUGAAGCAAGGCAUCCAAUUUCACUUGUACAUAAACACCGCUCCCUGUGGAGACGCGAGGAUCUUCUCACCCCACGAGGAAAACGAGUCCAUAGACAAGCAUCCCAACAGACGAGCCAGGGGUCAAUUACGAACGAAGAUCGAGUCUGGGGAGGGAACUAUUCCCGUGAAGAGCAACGAGGGUAUUCAAACUUGGGACGGCGUAUUGAUGGUACGUGUCGCUCGCAUGGGUCAAAGACUGCUGACGAUGUCGUGUUCGGACAAAAUAGCUCGAUGGAACGUACUUGGUGUGCAGGGUGCACUUCUAAGCCACUUCAUCGAGCCAAUUUACUUCCACAGCAUUGUUCUUGGCAGUCUUUUGAACCCGAGUCACAUGUACAGGGCGGUGUGCGGCCGUAUCGAGAACACUAUUCAGGGCCUGCCGCCGCCGUACAGGCUCAACAAACCACUCAUGAGUCUAACUACAUCUUCCGAGGUGAGGCAACCCGGAAAGGCACCUAAUUAUAGUGUCAAUUGGACGAUCGGGCAGAGCGAAGCCGAAGUGAUAAACUGCACAACUGGGAAGGAUGAGUUGGGGAAACCUUCUAGGAUAUCUAAGCAGGCUUUCUUUAGAAGGUUCUUUAAUCUCUUGGAUAAAAUUCAAACGAUAGACGACGUCGAUGAGAAUCGCUGUCGCCAUUAUUUUGAUGCAAAAUCUUCGGUACAGGAUUAUUCGCUUGCCAAGCAUCAAUUGAAGGAUGCUUUCGUGAGAGCACAGCUUGGAAGCUGGGUAAAAAAGCCGAUUGAGCAGGACAUGUUUGAAGUCGAUAUCUGACUAAAUCAAAGUAAUAGUAACAUCCCACCGAAUCAUGCAAAGAGUCAAGUUGCGGAAUAUGUAGUUCCUAGUGCAAAAUAGAUCGCUCGUUCGGCGUGUCAUAAUAUGGCAGAAUUUGGUAUCAGUAAAGCAUAAAUCGUAGGAUCUCCCGCAUACGUUCUUGAUCUUGCGCCCUAUGAUCUCAGUAUAUUUAUCGUGUUCAAAGUGCAUCACACAAAGUUGCAUCCGUAAUUAAUGAGUUUUCUUCCGUAUUACGUAGCCGAUAGAAAGAUGCACGUCAGCACUCGAAGCUUAUAUUAUUUUGACGUAUCGAUAGCUAUAGUUGUUGACACUUUACGCACACACCACACACGAAAACUUUUAGUCUAGUAAAUGCCUUAUAUUGCUUCCCAUGAAAAAAAUCUUUUUUAAUUUUAGUGCACUGCCCUCCAUAAAAAAAGAAAAAAAAACUAAAUAAAAUAAAAUGUCUAAUAAAUUGAAAUUCAGUAGAUGUUGUAGUAAAUACAGACAGAUCUUUUCUAAAAUAAUUUCAUUACUUUCGUAAAAAGAAAGAGAAAGAAAGAGAGAUAUUUGUACAUCUCAUUCCUACUUAUCUGUUUCCACCAGUACGAGUGGCUAAUUCCCGAAACUAUUUUUAAUAGCUGAUAAAUAGAUGGAAUAGUUUUAAGAGGCAAAUUAGUGUCUUAUAUAUAUGAAUCCACUGUAUCUACAACAUCCUCAGAUAACAUCCAACAUGAAAAAUUAACAAAUUAAAUUAUACACAGGUAUUCAUAAUUUUUUUUCAACAUUAUUUAUCAUUCCGUGUAAUGCAUCUCUAAUGCGUACUUGUAUGCACACGUGACACCAACAUCAUGUAUCGUACACAAUGAACAUAUCUUUGCGUAAAUAUGUGUAUGGAAGGCUAACAUCAGUCGAGCUCGUCCCCCCUGCGUAUUUCUAUAUCUUAAAAUAUGUAAAAUUGAAAAGUUUGUCAUCCAUAAUUUAACGAAAUGCUAUCUGGGAUCUUUUUGUAGGGCAUUAAGUAUUCGUAACAACGAGUUAAGUUACAACAUUUUGCAUCUUCAACGGCUGUGAUUGGAUUCAGAUCUGAAAAAUGGGUCUUAAUCGUAAGAGAUAUCAACUUCGUCGCAAAGCUCAGCAAAAAAGGCGGGACAGAAUUUCUCAUCAAUUUGUAUAAUCGCAUAAAGUUUGUAUUAUCAUGUGCAAUUUUCCAUUUUAGCAAUUUUACGGCGAUUCUCGUUUAUCCGUUUACUCUCGUUAUUAUCUCGUAAUAUCUCGAUUAUUUCUUAUUGUUUGCAAGUCUAUCAGAACGCUAGGUUUUUAACAGCUGUUUCUUGUUUUCCAGUAAAGAACAUUGUUUAGAUAUUGUGCAGAAAGCUCUUUGGAAAGCGAGCCGUGCGUAUUUUAGUAAUUAGAAUCGUAACUGAUAUUCGUGGUUUUCGUUACAAAGUCCGCAACUGUCCACAGCCGGUAUAUAGUAGUUAGUUAUUAUUUCCAAUAAUAUAUACAUACAUAUAUAUAUAUAUAUACGAAUAUGUUUCGUAAGAUUAAAAGGAAAUGAUAAUGGUAUAGAAAAACAUGAUAAUAAUUAUGCGACAUGUAUUACAUAAUUUUUCAGACGAAUAUGUUACUAUUACAUAUAAUAGCAUAUUUAGAGAAUCCUAAGGUCAUUGCCUCACUGUGCCAGUAUUACGAUCAAUGCAAUUCUGCCGUAGUGACACACUGCCCGGUGCUGGUCCAGUUUUGCAUAAAGAACUCUUGAUUUUAUUUUAUGUAAUGCGAAAACACCAAAUAUGUUUCUCUUUAAGUGGUUAAGUUGUACAGGCAAUUGUUAAGUAUUAAGUUAUUAAUUUUCUCUUCAAGAGAUAUAUUUAUAUGGACACACACAUGAUAGUUUUAAAAAGUCUUGCAUGAGGAAGGGAGAGAGAGAAAGACAUUAGCGUAUAUCACACACGCAAUCAGUUUUAUGAUGAGUGUUAAAAGUUUUAUUUAACAUUUUAUGUAUUUUAAUUGAUUAAAAAAGAGGAAAAACGAAAUUUUAUUUAAUGGUUAGUGCAAAGUUUUGCGUUACUGCGUUUAACCAACAUGAAAAAUUCCAACAUGCGAGUAAAAAGUUCCUACCUAUAAAUAUUAUAUAAAUAAUUUUAUGCUUCCUGUACAGAUUUGGAAUACACUCGGUUUGUUUUUUACGUGCGCAUCAUUAUUUAAUCGAUUGCGUGUGGCGAUGAGAAACUUGGCUCGCGCAUAUGUUGGAAUUAAUAGUGAUACCAGUCGUGUAUUUGUGCCAAGCGCAAUACGCACCAACAGCUCAAUGAAAUUUCAUUUAUUUAUUCUCAUUAUUUAUUUUCAUGUUAAAUAUAUUUUGCCAAAAAAAAGAAAAAAGAAAAAGAAAAAAAAAAACGACAUCACGUUAUUAAAAAUGUACUAUAAUUCUGUUACACAUUUGUAUGAUAGGUGUUCUGUUCGUUUUCAUCGAACUAUUCGAAUUAUUUAUUUAUUGUGAAAGUAUUAUUUGUGCCGUAAAUUGAUAUCUUUUUUAAUUAACCAUAUUUAAUUGAAAAUGUAUUUAUGAAAUACCGAAUGAUUAUUUUUUCAUUCUCCAUUCCUUGCGCUUUAUUUAAUAAAAAGCGCGAAAAUAUAUUUAUUGUAAUUUGUCGUGAAUUCCAUAUUUUCCAAGUGCUAGUCGAAUAUUCCAUUAAUCGAUCGUGAUGUUAUCUUUAAUGCUAAAUUGCAAUUUUGUCAAUCAUAUAGAAAUAAUUACAAAGAAUUUUAACAGUAAAUGGGCUUUGAGGCUCCAUGCCCAUUUGAAAUUAGAUAAUGAUAUUUUCUCAACAAGGAUUGCACAUAAAGUAAAAACUAGGAAAGCAUACAAUUUUUUUAUAUGUUAAUGACGUUUACUUAGGGAAAUGUUAAAAAUUUUUUUAUGCAACUCAUUAAAAUGGAAGUAGGAUUCUUUCCUAAUUGCAACUCCAUCGGAGUAUCCUUUCGUUUGUUUGCAUUUAAAAAAAAUUUACUUUUGGAUUAAAAUACGAUUUAGGAAUCGAGGGCGAUUUCGUCCUCUACGAUUUCCUCGUAGAAUAAAUAGUUGUAAAAUGUGACUACAAUGUUCAAUCACUAUUCUAUAAAGAAAUUGUAUGAUGUAACACUUGAAACAGACGUUAAUAUUUAGAUAUUUCAUGACAAUUCUUUGUCACAUACGACACUUCUCAAGUAACAGAGAGGUAACAGAAGUUAAAUGUAUUAAAUCUGGGAGUUAUUAUUAUAUCAUAAUAUUAAUUAUCAUCAGUAUUGAUAUUUGUAGUAUAAAAAUAAUAAUCGAUUAUUCGAAAAGGAAAGUGAUCCACUUUAGCUAUUAUAGGUGAUUGUAGGCAUCGAAACUAGGUAUUAAUAGUAUAGUAAGAGGCAUGUGAGAGAGAGAGAGAGAGAGAGCGAUAUUUUAUCGUUAAAUAUGCGAUAUAAAGAACGAAUUUUAUAGCGUCUCUCUCAUCGAGUAAUAAUAAUCUUUUAGUGGAAAACUAUAUCUAUAUAUCUAAUGUUUAUUAUAUAUUUAGUUUUCUUGUGAUCUCCUCUUCCAUCGCAUAACGCAAGUUUGCGAUUACUUUACUUACACGUAAUUGCAUUUUAUUAUCGCAUCGUACAAUGUAACACGAUAUUGUAAUAAUGUAGUACGAUGCGUGGUAGUAGAGUAUCUCGGUCGCUCAUCCAGAGAAACCCAAGAGUAAACUCAAAAAUAAAUUUAAAGACA